GGAGCAGUGAGUGCUUUUGUAUAAAAUCAUAUUCAUUUGGAAGCUGCAAUGUAAGAAUUUUUUUUUUUUUAAAUCACUUACACAGACUAACGAGAGGCACCCUUGUAACAUGAGCCCUGACCAUAGGGUAGCCUGUGAUGCUCAUUAAAAUCUAAUCUGAAUUGAUAUUUGUGUUUGACAGGGUAAGUGGUGUUCAAAUAUGGCCAAUGAAGCUGAAAGAGAUGCAAGUAAUGGUGUCAGACCAAGCCCUAGUGGUUCUGUCAUGAGAGUAGAGACAGCUGGAGGGAAUAAGAUAGAGAUUAAUGAUGUUUGGACAACUAGAAUAUUGGUGACCGCCGUCUCUGGGACUGGAAUUUAUGUCGUAAAAAGUUUGGUAACUUUUUUCCGUGAGAAUCCAAAAUUGGUUACAGAUGUAGUAAAAUGGGCUUUUAAAGGUUGGGGUGAAGCUACAGUCAAGCCUGGGUCAAUUAUUGUUGACUUGGAUUUUGGAUCACAGGAGAAAUUUUUAAAGUUUAAAGAAGACUUUAAGGAUGGAAAAGUUAAAGAUGCAUUGGAGAGAGGGUUAGGAGAAAUUGGCUACAAUUUCAAACUGGAAUUAAAACUUGUAAAGGAAAAUCCCAAUGUGGCUACAGUCGAAAUGAGGUAAAUGAGUUAUUUUUAUUUGAUAGCUGACAUGUAUUGGUCUGUUAGUCAGGUGACUGGUUAGGCCUUCCCUUUAUACCUUAGCAGGCAAUCAUUUUAGCAGGCAGUCACAUUAACUUCUUUAUUCAUACCAGUUUAAUCUUUUACCUUAAUUUAGUACACCCUGAAAUCAAUGUGCAUAUUCUCCAUACUGUUCUCUGUACAUUUCCCAAAGUGGAGACAAGGAGAAUUUGUUUAACAAUCGAGAGCUUCUUUAGUUGUUGAUCAUUUCCUUUGUUCUCCUAACCUUAAUGUGUGGUUUAGGGGUGAUAUUGUAAGAAGAAGUUAAAUGCUAGAUUAAAUCACUCUUGAGGACCCCAUGAUUAAUAUUUUGAUCUGUUGACGACACUGUGAGGAUUGUUUUAUUUGCCUUGAUGUCUUCACCCUGUAGUACAAAUGCAUUACAGAUCUCUAUCAAUUCUUUUAGAUAUACUCAGGACCUUUUGCAGGAAAGUUUUGCUCUUGCGUGGUGACCAGCUAGCUCCCACUGUUGGCUAAGAACACAUUUUUGUUUCAAGCUCUCAAUGAAAAUCCAAGAAGUUAUGUGACUAGCCACUAAUCUCUUGCAAAAAUACAAAUUUCUCAGGAUCAAAAUGGAAGUUUAAUUGUUCAAUUUAUGUGGAUUUUUUUGUUUAAAAUGUCAUAUUCUCAUGCGAGAUUCAGUAUACUUUAAGAGUUCUUGUUAGCUGUGUUGUUUUAUUUUAUUUGUUAGUGUUGACAUUUAUCCAUCAUCACAAUGCAUUGACCUCCAGUGUUAGCAAAAAGAAAAAAAUACUUACUUAAUAGGUAAGAGCUAUAUUUUUUUUUGUACAUGGUUUUCAUACAGUACAAUGAAAUUUUGCAUUUUCAGCAAAGAAACUGUGAUACGAGAGACCAAGAAAGUUUCAUUUGCAUAUUCCAAUCCUAGAGUUGUGUCCCAUGGAGAAAGGAAAGAAGAAAAAGAGAGUGAUCAGAAAGCCGGUGAGACAUAUGCUCUGUGAAUGUUUAUAGACCUUUAUAUAAUACAAUAUCUCAAAAACAUACACUACUGCAUGAUCUAAUAGCCUCCAAAUUCAGAGAAAGUACAAACUAAGUUGCUAGUCUGUAUAUAACCAUGGAUUUUUGUUUUGUAAAGGUGAACACAUAACUUGGAAUUGUUUAGAAUACAGUCAUGUACCUACAAAUUGGUCUCUCAUUCCCACCUUUUCCCUCUCAAACUUAACAAAUUUUAAUCUUGCAUGGACAUUUAAUUACCAAACCAAGUAUUGCAAGAGGCUGUGUUAAUGUCACUGCAAGAGUCACUUAUAUUUAAAAAUAAAAUUUGUAAAAGCAAUUCUGACUAUGAAAGGUUCUUCUUUUGACAGAAGUAAAAGAGAAUCCAGAAGGGACAGACAACCCAGCUAAAGAAGACAUUCAGUCACCCUCUCAAAAGCGUAAAGAAGGUACCAGAGACUUUUCAUUUGCCAAUUUUUGUUUCCUGGAAACAGAGAAAAGGUUUAAGUCAAUGUAAUUGUGAAAUAAGUUGUCAAAAGAGAAUCAUUCUUGAACAGUAUAGUGCUUAAAGGCCUUCUUAAUUUUAAUAGCUCUGUUAAUAUUUGAACAUAUUUAUCUCAGAAUCAACUGGAUAUAGUUAUAGUAAGGUUGUAUGAACCUGAAACAGGCAUGUCUCUUUUAAUUGUAAUAGUUUGUGUGAAGAACUAUAAGAUGUUAGCUAUUAUAUAAAUAAUAAGUUUGGACUAUAAAGUAAUAAACAAAAAUCAACAUUUUAACAAAUCAUUAUAUUGAUGGUAAUCAUGCUAAUGGAGAAUACAAAUAACUUAGGCCACCACUUAAGAGUGUUAGAGAAAAUACAUUGCCACUGACUAGAAGAGCCUGCUGUUUUUUAACUAAUGGCAGUUAUUGGGUAAAUUUUAUUUCACUAGAUCAAAAUGAACCACUUAUUGUCUAAGCUUGCAAUACCAGGAUCCAUAUCUUAGCCUGAAGAACAGGAGUAAAUUCUUUUGCCUUUUUCAGUAGAAUUGAGGCAAGCAUGAGGCAGGCAUGAAGUCAAGGGGAGGAGUUAUUAUUUGCACUCCUACCCCGUGCAUGACUUAUCUUCAUUUGCCUGAAAAACGCAACAAAUUAUUCCUGUUCUGCAGGCUAGAUCUCUUUGACCUAAGUUCUUCAGAAAAACCAGUUAGCAGGAGGAAAUGCAAGCACAAAAAAUAUCACAUUUUUACCCUAACCUUUUCAUCUCUCUUACUCACAUACUAGCUUCUGGCUCCACUGAAGUUAAGCAAGAGGAGGAAAGUGGCUCAGCUGCAAAAAAACCUAAAAUUGAUCCUAUUGGAGAACCUGGAACUUCUGGGGUAUCCAGCACUAGUAAGACAAGGAAGUUUAAGGGUAAGGACAAAAGGAAAGUUACAUUUUCAGUUGAUAAAAUUUCUUUACAGACUUGAAGAACCUUAAAUCUCUCUCCCAAAAUGGAUUUUUUUUUGUGAUAAAUUGUUACUGACUCACAAUCAGUUAUACCCCCACUAGCUGCCAUAAUGUAAAUCAACUCUGAUCAGUUUUAUUCAACAUAUUAUACCUGAUAAUAUGGGUAAUGAGUAUGUGGAUAUGUAUUUGUACGCUUUUGAAAUUGACCAGUCUUCCCCAACAGGGCUCGAUCACCUCAGGAUAAAUACAAACAAUCUGGUCCCAAACAUUGUAAAUAAACACAGGGUGUAAAAACCCCAACUGGCAGGAGGCAGGCAGCAGUUAGCUAUAUACAAAGAACAGCCAAGGAGUUGAACUCAGGGAACCAUUAAGAACAAUCCAUUGAGUGGCAGGCUGAAGGGCUUGUUCUCAGGACCACCAGACUAACCACUUGGCCACCCUGCUUCCACAACAUCUGAUAGAAAAUCUUCAGCAUGACAGAAAAAAGCCUUUGCUCUUCUCUCCCCCCCCCCUCCUCUGAAAAAGAUUACUUGCAAUGAAUGAUUUCAAAAUUGUUACUGAGUCACAGUAAGUAACAAGUAAGCUGGUAAUCUUAAAAUAAUUAUCUUUCCAUUUGUUUUUAUAUUCAAGAGGGAGUAGUAACUGAUGAUGACCUUCAAACACUUGGCAAGAAAUUGCUGACAAAUGGGAUGAACUGGCACGUCGACUUAAAAUUACGAGAGCAGACAUAGUAAUAAUUGAUCACGAUUUUAAGUCUUUGUCUAAGAAGGGAUAUCAAAUACUGCAUCUGUGGAAAUCAAAAAAUGGGGAAGAUGCAGACUAUAAAACUUUGUAUGAUGCAUUAGCCCACAAUUUGGUACAGCGGAGAGACUUAGCACAAGAAUAUUGUUUUGAAUAAUAUCUCUUUGAUGUUACUCAUAUCAAAACCUGGGAGUUAGUUUAAAACAGACGGCCACUAGGUGGAAAGUAUAGAUAACUUUGCUGGUUACCAAGAAAUUCCAGUUGGCUAUUAAUUUUAAGAAUCUAGUGAUUAUUUUAACCUUGAUUUACGGCCUUUUAUUGAUAGCCUUUUUAAAACAUUUUUGGUGUGUUAAUAAUGGUAAUUGGAAUAAGUGGAGUGGAAUUUUGGCUGCAAUCAUAUGCAUGAUUUCAAAAUUGAACCAAUGUGAGUUCAAUUUGAAAUCAAAAGUAUGAUUUCAGACCAAAAUUGCUCGACAUGAGGUCAAAUACCACUUUAUUACAUCCAUUUAAAAAUCGCCCAAAAACUGGACUUGGUCAGUUCUUAUAUUUUAUUGAUGCAGUACUGAGCUGAUUUGAAAUUAAAUUCAUCCAUUUUCUGGGGGAAAAAUAAGAGUUUUGGAAAGUUUUGUUUUUUGUGUGACCUGCUCAUUGGCUGGGAAAAGAUGCGAUUUAAAGCAAAAAAUGGUGCAAUUUGUGAAUAAAUUGUACCAAUUAGAGCCAAUAAGAUUACAAAGAACACUAGUGAUUUCAAAAUGGGUGUAAUAAAGCUGAAUAUUGCACACGCAUUUGAUUAGAUCUAUUGGAGGACAGACUCAUAUAUAAGGUAGAGUAUUUCAGAUAAACUAAGCAGUCUAAGUUUUUUAAUAUAGGCCACUAUAUAUAGUUUUUAAAAAUAAAACAGAACUGCUUGUUUGGAGCAUUUUUGCUAGUGAUUAAGUUAGCGUUUUUGGAUCCGCGUUUUUCAUGAUUGAGGAACGCAACACGUGCAGUCGUUCGUCAUUGGUAAUCACAACCUUAAUUUGUU